AUGCUUCCCGUCCUCCCGCGUGCGCGUGCCCCGCCGUUUUGUCCCGCUGUGGCCGCAUCAGCUUGUUCCGCAGGGGUUUGCGGCACUGGGUCGGACCGUAAUGACGUCAGCAGCAAAGCGGCGAAUUUCGUCACUUUCGCGACUCGUUCCGAAAGGCGUUCGCCGGGCUUCGCUUACUCUCGCGUGAGAGGGGCUCCAUUGGCGGAAUGGCAGCAGCGGCUGCUGACAUGGCAUGCAGGACAGGCGGGCCAGGGGAGAGAUGCACUGGGGGAGCAGAGAGUGGGGGCCGAGGAGGAGUGGCACGGGGAGGAGGAGAGUGAGAGUGAUGCGGGUGGUGGAGAUGGCAGCCGUAUGGGGGAGGUGGUGGAGCAAGUAGGGGCAGUGGGGGACAAGGAAGGCAAGGCGGAGGAGAGCAGGCGAGCGGGAGGGGGGACGCAUGAAAGGAGGUCAACAGAUGCUGGCGGAGGGGGAGGGGGAGAGGGAGAGGGAGGGGAGAACUUGGGGAGAGGAGGAAAUGCUUUUCAUGGGAUCAAGGCGGACUCUCACCCACGAUGGGAAGGAAACUCGGGGCGGGGUGAAGCAGACUCACAUACAGGAUGGGAUGGGGCAGGGUCACAUUUAGGGUGGGGAGGAGAGGAUUCACACCCAGAAUGGGGCGAAGCCGACGAGGGCUCUCUGCUGGCUGAUUUCCUCCCUGUUCUCGACCCGCUUCGCCUGCCGUCUCUCUUCCAAUCAGCUGCUGCCACCUUAGCCUCUUCGGACACCUCUGCUCCACCGGGCCUGCGUGGCACGUCAGCACUAGGGCAGGAGGGCGUGGUGAAUGCUGGAGGGUUCCAGUUUGCAGCACGCACAGCCGAUGCCGACGCAGACAGGGCAGGGGGAGGCGCAGAGGCGGUCAGAGUGGAGGAGAGCAAAGCUGGCGAGCAGCAAGGGGCGGGCCGGGGAAGACAGCUAAAGCAGCAGCACAGCGAGGGGGCGGAGCAGGGCGGAGGGCGAAAAGAGAGAAGCACAGCAACAGCGGGUGGGGGAGGUGGAGGGGGAGGGAGCGAGGCAGCGCAGGGGGGGACGAUCACAGAGGGCGGGGUGAGUCUGACAGAGCUGUCGUCCGCUGUGCUGUCAGGCUCAUUGCUCUCUGAAGCCCCUCUUGGCUCCCCCGUGCUGCUCCGCGUUGCCUUCUCCUCCGGACCCAAGGCAGGCCUACAGGCCGUGCAGCAGCAGCAGCAGCAGCAGCAGCAGCAGCAGCAGCCUCUGAAGGGGGAGGCAGGAGCAGCAUCGGCAGCACGUGGGGGUGUGUCGUCGCCGUUCUUCCGGCUGUCAUCGCAGGUGGAUCUGUCGCAGUCACGCGUGCAGCUGUACGGCCCCAUGCCGCACUCACGCCGCCGCACCUUCCCCCUCGCUGUCGCCCACGCCACUGAUGCUGUGGGGGGGGAGGUGCUCACUGCUAACUUCACCGUCAAGCUGCCAGGAGCGUACAGUGUGAUGGUGGUGGUGGCGGACACACAGGGCAACCGCCUCAAGUUCAAGGCGCCCAACUUCUUCCGCUCCACCCUCCCCCGCCCCGCUGCGCUCCUCCCCGCCUCCUCCACGCCCCUCUCGCCCAUCACUGCGGCCUCACCUGCAGCGGUGGCAGGGCAGCAGGCGCAGAUGGCCUUUGCUCUCGUCAGCUCGGAUGGCACUCAGAUCCCUGUCACUGACGCUGAUGUGAUUGUUGCCAGUGUGACUAAAGUGAAUGGUGUUGCUGUUACCAGCAGCAACAGCAGCAGCAGCGGUGACAGCAGUGGUGAAGGUAGUGGGGAGGGGAGUGAGUGGACGGAGGGGCCAUCAGGGGUGGGCGUGGAGGUGGAUGGAGCCUCGGGGCUUGUCAUUCUGCGCUUCACCCCGCCCUCCCAUGGCGACUACUCCCCCUCCCUCUCCCUCAUCCGCGCCCAGCAAACCAUCAACCUACAGGACCCUCCACCCUCCCCCACCUCCUCUGCCUCCUCCGCCACCUCCCCAUCCGCGCCCUCCUCUCUCACCCCCUCCGCCUCGCUCAUACAAGUAGCACCAGGCGAGCCCAGUGCGGAUGCCUCAGGCCCCUUGUUGGUGGCGGCGCAGGAGGUGACGGUGGGGCAGACGGGGCGCCUCACAGUGUACGUGCGCGACGCCAUGGGCUCUGAUCUGCCCGCCGCGCCCCUCCUCUCGCUCUUCUCCGCGUCCUUCUCAGUCGCUUCCAACUUCUCUCAGCAGCAGCUCACCUACCCCGCCACCCUCACCCUCUCUGCCUCCCCCUCCUCCUCGCCCACCGCCCCCUCCAACUCCUCCUCUCUCGACGUCACAUUCGAUACAGGCACACUCGCAGGAGCAGCGUCUCUCUCGGUCCUUCUCUCAGGCCGCCACAUCCGAGGCAGCCCCUUCCCCUUCACGGUCCUCCCCGGCCCGCUGCACCCGCCUUCCUCGCUGCUGUACGGGCCAGGGGCGCAUGGGGCAGUGCCCAAGUUCCCCGCGUUUCUGCAGCUGCAGCUCAGGGAUGCAUGGGGGAACGUGCUGCUGGCGGGGGGCGCAGGGCAGGACGUGCAGGUGGGGGUGGUGCCCGCAGCGCAAGGGGCCGCGGCAGCAGCGGCGCUGGUGGGUGCAGGGGGGAAUGGAGCGGUGCAGAGGGGUAUGCCGGCGGUGGCAGAAGGGGCAGCGGUGAGUGUAGUGGACAGCGGCAACGGCUGCUACUCCAUCUCCUACCGGGUCACCAAUCCCGGUGCCUAUGCUAUUCUUGUGACUGUAGGCGAUGUGCUUCUGCAGAAUGUGACUGUAGCAGCUACCCCAGCAGUGGACGUCAGUGCGGGCAGCGCUGCCGCCCAGCCCACAUGUGUGGUAACCGCAUUGCCCGCCUCCGGCCCCAUGCAGCAGCUGCUCGCGUUCGCGCCGCCUCUCGUCCAAUCAGGCGCCGCCAUGUGGCUGCGCAUCGUGGCAGUGGAUGCAGCGGGCAUGGCAGCUGUGUCAGACCCAGCUGUGCGCUCCUCCAAUCUCUCCCUCACUCUCCUCUCCACACAGGGGCAAGUUGCAGACAUAACAGCCACGCCCGUCGCCCCCUCCUUUGGAGGCAAGCCUAUCCCCGCGCUGUGGCAAGCACAGGUGACUGUUCAGGUGGCUGGCAGCUUUGUCCUGAUCUGCACGGAGUGCCUGGGGCGGGCGAGCAGCAUGGUUGUGAAGUCAGGCCUGCCGCUGCAGCUGCUGCAGGGCGAUGCAAUCGGAGGGGACAACGCCUCCUCCUCUGCUGCCCCCUCUGCAGCUCCCUCUGCUCCCUCUGGUCUCUCCGCCAUUGCUGCAUCAGGUGCAGAGCCAGGCAAUGGGUUGGAUGAGAUCACUCUUGCUGCGCACACGCACUUGCACAAGCACACAGCGCCCGCUGUCACUGCCAGUGCUGCCACCACGGAGGCUGACGGCAGUGAAAAAGCAGAUGGCUCGUCAUUGUCGGUCCAUGAUGCUCUCUUCCCCUCCCUCCCUUCCUCCCAACCCACUGCCACGCCUUCCUCUCCAGCUGAACCCACCAGCAGCAACACUGCUCCUGCACUGCAUGGCCGCAACCUUCAGGCUGCUGCAGACACUGCUAGCAUCAGCACCAGCAGCAGUAGCAGCAGCAGUAGCAGCAGCAGCAGCAGCAGUAGCAGCAGCAACAGCGGCGGCAGCGGCAGUGACAGUGGGGGCAUGGCAGUGGCACAGGACACAAACUACGGGCUGAUAUCGGGCACACAGGGCUCCUUCUCUCUCACCGUCCUCCCCGGCCCCACAGCCGCCGCCCGCUGCUCCUUCGCCCUCGCCCCCGCCCCCGCCUUCGGCCGCGUGGUCGUGGUGGGGGGCGCCGUUCGUCUGCCUCUGCUCGCCAGCGACAGCAGUGGUAACCAGCAGAGUUACAGCCUCAGCCGCUACCCUCCCACAGCAGACGCCUUCUCAGUUGUCGCCUCCCCUGCACCCGCCUGCCAGCCCCCCAAGGGGCAGGCUGUACCUGUUGCAGGGGACGUGGCGUUUGGCAGGCUACAGGCAGGGAGCUUCGAUGCUGAGCUGAACUUCACGCGGGCAGGAGAGUAUACGGUGCAGGGUUACCUGGGGGAGGUGGCAUUUGGGGCGAAGGCGGAGAAGUUCAUGGUGCUGCCGGGGGAGGUGGAUCCGGGGGAGAGCUAUGUGGACGGGGGGGAUGUGAGGGAGGCGGAGGCGGGCAGUGUGGUGCGGAUGAGGCUCGUGCUGCGCGAUGUGUUUGGCAACACCGCCAUCCCCUACCACCUCCUGCUGCCCAACUCCUCCCUCUCCAACCAACCCAAUACCUCUGCUGCUGCCUUCACCUCCUCUGCUGCUUCCUCUGAUCCUGCCUCUGCAUCUCUCUCUGCCUCUGCCUCUGCCUCGGCCGCUGCGGCUGCUGCCCCACCGGCAGCAGUGAAGGCGCCAUGCUCGGUGGUGCUAAGGCAAGUGAACCUGACCCACCGCGCCUCGUGGUGGGGGGGGCUGUGGACGCAGGGCGAGGCAGACGCGAGCGGGGGAGGGGGGGUGAGCGGGGGGAGUGCGGACGGGCAGGAGGAGGCGGGUACUGUGGUGAUGGCGGCUGUGGGAGGGGGGAGGAGGGCGCAGCCAACACAGGAUGGAGGGCAGGAGAAAGGGCAGGAGGGAGCGCAGGAGGGGGGCGAGGCAGGGGGGAUAGAGCCAGAGGGGGUGAAGUGUGUGUGGAGUGCCGCUUGCUCUCUGCCGCUGUGCCAGGCGCUCACUGCCUCUGACUACGGCAUGCAGCAGGCAGCAUCAGGAGCAGCAGCACGCGGCACAGGCAGCACGCGAGCAGCAGCAGACGGGGCAGGGAAAGGGGCGGCGGAGGGGUGUGUGUUGGACGUGCAGUUUGAGGCGAGGAAGGCAGGUAACUUCAGCGUGACGGUCCUGCUGGAAGGUUCAAGGAAGAAGCUGGUGUUCCCCGUGCCGCUGCUGCAGGUGGUACCAGGCGCACCCUCAGCAGAGCGCAGCAGCGUGCAGGUGAACAGCAACACCGCUGCUGCUGGCUCGCCCCCCAACGUCACGGUGGUGGCCAGAGACGCCCUGGGGAAUGAGAUCCCUGACUUUGACCCCUCCACGCUGCUCUACGCUGUUCUCCCCUCCAACUCGCCCCCGGCCUCCCCCCCGCCCUCACCGCCCCCCUCCCCGUCGCCCUCGCCGUCCCCCGCCCCCCCUGCCUCCCCCUCGCCCUCCCCUGCGCCCUCAGCCCCGGCCCCGCCCGCCUCUCCUGCUGCCAGCAAUGGCACGGCGGGCAACGGCAGCAGCACCGCCUCCACAGCUGAGCCGGUGCCGCCGCGCUCGCUGCAGGAGUCCCAGGCGGGCAGCAGUGGCGAUGGCACUGGCGACGGCACGAGUGGCGAUGGCGGUGGGGACGGCAGCAGUGGAAGCAGGGUCAGCAGUAGUGGGAACAACGGCGGGGAUGCAAGUGGGAUCAGUGCAACAGACGCUAGUGCCAUGGUGCCAGCAGCAGCAGGCGGGCAGUCCACCCCCCUCGUGGCGCACCCAGUGCUGCGCGCCCUGGGCCCCGUGCAGGUGCAGGUGUACCUCGCAGGCCAGCCCGUCCCAGGUGCCACCUUCCCCCUCACUGUUCUCCCCGCGCCACCCGCCGCCGCCCUGUCGUACGCGUUCGGCCCGGGAUUGGAGCGCACAGUGGCGGGCGCACCCUCCACCUUCACACUGCAGACGCGCACAGCGCAGGGACUAUUUCCCGGGCAGACCACGGCAGAGGGCGGGGGGGCGCAGGGCGGGUGGACGCAGCUGGCACAGGGCGGGGAGGGCGACAACAGCAGCAGCAGUGGAAGCACGAGCGGCGGUGGCGGGAGCGCGAGCGCGUGGGGCAGCAGUGCGACGUUCAUGGACGGGUCAGUGGCAGUGGUGGUGACGGUAUUCGCGCGCCGCAACGUGACCCGCCAGGCCGAGGUGCGAUCCGUGGUCGCCCUGGGAGGCGGCGCAUACCGCAUCACCUACACCACGUACUCUCCGCCCCAUGGGGGCUUCUACCGCGUGCGCGUGCAGCUGCAUGUGGACGGCAGCAGAGAGCCCCCCGCUGACAUCAUGGACGGGCCGUUCUUCGUGCCCUUCUUCCGCGGCUCAGCUGCUGCUGCCCUCUCUACGGUGAAUGCCUCGCUGCAUUCGGUGCUGACCCACCCGGUGAAUCAGCCGCUGGUGCUGCUGGUGACGACGGCGGAUCAGUUUGGCAACGUGGGCCCCUACAGCCCGCUCAUGGACUCCCUCCCUCUCGUCUUCACCGCCACCCCCGCCCGUGAAUCCGGUUCCUCCACGCCCCCGGAGUCAAAUGCCGCCCCUGCCGCCCCGCCCAGCACGGCGCUGCGUGACCUGUACAACGGGUCGUGUGUGGCGGUGUUCUCCGCCGGCCAGCCCGGGCGGUACCAGCUGUCCAUCAAGAUCGCGGGGUACUUUGUGGGCGGCGCCAACGGACCCAUUGAGCCUCUGUAUGACGGCACCUGCCUCGUCGCCUUCACCCCCCCAGCCCCCGGCCCGUUCCUGCUCUCCAUCCGCCUCUUCUCCCAGCAUGUGCCUGGCUCGCCCUUCCUGCUCUCCUCUGUCCCCGGGCCUGUAGCGCCCGAGCUCUGUGACGUGUGGGGGUCGGGGCUGGGACCAACCAUCACUGCAGGGCAGGCGGUGGCAGUGAGGGUGCGUGCGAGGGACCGGCAGGGGGUGGUGCGGAGGGGGCGGGGGGACCUGUUCACACUGCAGAUCUUUGGAGGGGGCGGAGGGGGCGGAGGCGGAGGGGGGGACGCAGGGCUCUACUCCAGCUCGCUGCUACAGCCCGCGGCCACGGGAGGCGCACAGGAGCAGGGGGUGUACGAGGGCGGGUAUACCGCCGUGCAGGCGGGGCGGGUGGCUGUGUGGGUGGUGUUUCACAACACCAUCGUCGCCACCGCUGCUGUCACUGUCCUGCCCGGCCUGCCCGCUGCUAACAUGUCUGCGGCGCUGGUGCCGGUGGGAGGGGUGAGGGUGCGGGCGGGGGGGAGGGCGGAAGUGCUGGUGGCGCUGCGAGACGGGCUUGGGAACGUGGCGUCUUUCGAUCCCAGUGCUGACGCCAACACUGCUGCCAACACCGCCGCUGCUUCCGCCCAGCUCGCUGUGAAGCUGCUCUCCUCGCCCCUCCCCGCCUCCUCCCCCGCCCCCGCCUUCUCAGCCACCACCAUCAACCCGUCCCUCAUCGCCCUCUCCGCCCCGCUCACCAUCGCUGGCUCGUACCAGCUGCAAGUGUUGCUCAACGGCUCGCCCCUCCCCUCCCCGCCUCUCGCCCUCCAAGUCGUCCCAGCCGCCCCUGCCUCCUUCUCCCUCUCUGGAUUCCCCCCUGCUGCCUCUUUCCCCGUGGCCCGCCCAGUGGUGGUCCACGUGGCGCUGCGUGAUAGGUUCGGGAACCUGGUGGGGCAUGAGGCGGGGGAGGAGGGGCGGGUGGGGGGGUCGGUGACAGUGUCGCACGGGGAUGAGGUGACGGGGGGGGUGGUGGGGGAGACGUAUAUGCUGAACGUGACUGCAGUGAAUGUGACUGCAGCGGAGAUGAGCAAGACGGAAUGGCAGGGCAGCGUAGCCACCACUGCUGCAGCUCCGGACGCCACUGCCCGCACAGGCGCCACAGCAGCCCGCAGCAGCAAGCCGGCCGCCACACCCGCCCCUUCUCCCUCUCCUGCCUCCUCAAUCCCCGCCUGGCAGCUCUCCUUCACCCCGCAGUCCCCCGGGCAGGCCUCGCUGCAGCUCAUGGUGGGUCCCCCCAACGCCGCCCUGCCUCUCUCCAACCCCGCCUCCGCCCUCCCCCUGCAGGCCACCAUCCUCCCGCGCCCCGUCAGCCUCGCCCACUCCACUCUCUAUGGCGCAGGGCUCCAGCAGGGAGGGGGGGUGCGGGCGGGAACAGUGGUGGAGAUGGGUAUGUGUGUGAGGGACGCGCAGGGCUUCCCUCUCCUCACUGACUCAGCCAAGCUGCUCAAGGUGUCCGUCACUCUCGCCUUUUUCGCUCUCCCUGCACCCACGCCUGGGACCUUCCUGCCCGUGCCUCCAGCCUCGGCCGUGCCUCGCGCCCGAAUGGGGUACGGCGGCGGGUGCAUCUUCCGAGGCUCGUUCAACCCUCCCAACAACACAGCCACGGCAGCCCCAUCAGCAGCGGCAGCGGCAGCAGCAGCGCCGUACGGGCUGUCGGUAACCGUGCUUGUCAACAGCCGCCCCGUCCGAUUCCAAUCCACCAACAUCACUGUUCUCCCCGCCCUGCCGCCCAACGCGCCCCUCCCGGCCAAUCUUACGGUGACAGCUGUCACGGCCGAGGGGGUCCCCAUUCCGAACGGCUACCAGCUCCGAGGCGGCGCGGCUGGUUCGGAGACCAAGUUCGGCGUUCGGUUCACCGAUGCUAGCGGCACGGCGGUGCUGGUUCAGGAUGACUCAGCCCUGGUGCUCAAACUGACACCCUCUUUUGACGCCCUUGACCCUGAUCCCACUUUGCUCUUCGGCCCUGCUGCUGGCACUGCUGGCGCUGCUGCUGCUGGCACUGCUGCUGCUGCUGCUGCUGCUGCAGGCGCGCAGGGGGAUGGGGCAGAGGGGGGCAAGGACAGCGUGAGUGUGAGUGUGAGCAAGGGAGGGUACGUGACGGUGACGGUGGUGCCGGCAGCAGCGCAUGUGGCGUGGCGCAACGUGCAUUACUCCACGCCUGACGGCUCCUCUGCUGGCUGGUUCCAGCUGCUGCUCGCGCCAGUGCCUAUGGAGUGCUCUCUUCAUCCAGGCAUCAUAUCAUAUCAUGUCCGCAUCCUGUCAUGCCCCCUUCCUUCCCGGUAUGCACUCUCAGGCCCAGCCAAGGCAGUGAGGGUGGACGCGGCACCGCUGCAGGCGUGUGGGAGGGGGGCGUGCGUGGUGGGGCGGCGCACGGCGUUCAGCAUGGAGGUGCUGGACGCCUCUCGUGCCCCGCGCACCUUCAACCGCCUCACAGGGGAGGGCGACUCGCUCACCGUGCUGCUCACCCGCCAAGGCACCAACCAGGCUGUCUUCUCCUCUGGUGCCACUGUCAACUCCAAGGGGAACUAUCUGGGAAGCUUCCUGCUGUACGAGCCAGCCAACUUCACGCUCUCAGUGCUUCUGAACAACCAGACGGCCUUCACCACUCCCGUUCAAAUCCUGCCAGGUCCGUUCAAAUCCUCCCAGGUCCGUUCAAAUCCUCCCAGGUCCGUUCAAAUCCUCCCAGGUCCGUUCAAAUCCUCCCAGGUCCGUUCAAAUCCUCCCAGGUCCGUUCAAAUCCUCCCAGGUCCGUCCAAAUCCUCCCAGGUCAAUCCAAAUCCUCCCAGCCAGCUACCAAAGCUAACCUCAUCCUCGUUCCUCUCAUUUAUCUCCUUUCCUCGCAUCUCAUUCAUCAGUUCUGCGACUGCCUUUCCAACUUGUUCACAACCCCUCUCCGUUGCUGCCUUUCCCUCCCCACCACAACCCCACCCGUCCACCGCAGGCCCCUUCUCGCCCUCGCUCUCCCGCCUGCACGACCUCGCAGCCACGGCAGGGGCAGGCGAGCCCUACAGCUUCAACGUCACUCUCGCCGACGCCUUCGCCAGCCCCUACCUGCUGCCGGGCCUGCCCCUCCUCAUGCACACACGCUCGCCGUCCUCGGAGGCCCACCAUGGGGUGCUACUCUCCUCGCCCUCCUCCCCCACCCUCACCGCCACCAUCACAGUCUUUGAGUCCGGCCCUGCUCACCUCUCUGUUACCCACCUGCCCUCGGGGGCGCACCUAUGGGCGUCGCCCUUUACUUUUACUGUGCUGCCCGGCCCGGUUGCCCCUGCUGCGUGCUCGCUGCUGGGCCUGGUGAAUGGCACGCUCGUGGGCAGCAACCAAACUUUUCUGGUGGUUGCCCGGGAUUUGUACGCAAACCCGAUAGAGUACCCCACAGCAGGGGAGUCAGGACUGACCCUCAAUGUCACGUUUGUUCCUGCCCCGCCCUCCUCCACUUCCGCCUCUGCUGCUGCUGCUGGCGGUGGCAGCGGUGCAACAGCAGCAAGGGCACCAGCAUCAGCACCAGCAAUCCAGCCCACGCACAUAGACUCAUCUCUCAAGAACCCCAGCUUGCCAGCUGGCGGCCACGUUUUCACCUUCCCCACGUCAGCAGCCGGGACGUACACAGUGUCGGUCAAAGUGGGCCCCACACACGUCAUGGGCAGCCCUGCUGACGUGGUAGUGCUACCCCCAGCCCCGUCAGCCAGCGUUCUGGCCUCCUUCGACCGCUCCCAGCGCGCCCUCUCUGUCGCCUUCUCCCCCGCGCCCACCCUCUCCUCCCCCUCCACUGCCAACGCUGGAGCACCUCCAGCAGACUCUGGAGCAGCAGGAGGGGCUGGAGGAGUGGGGGGCGUGGGCGGAGGGGGGGGUGUGGGGCAGCAAGACUGCGCGCAGCUGCUGGAUGGGGAGAGCCUGGCGCGGGUGGGCAGUGGCGCGCAGUGCGUGUGGCAGGACUCGUCCCGCCUGCUGGUCUACCUGGGCUUCAACUCCUCCCUGCGCCCCUUCACCUCCCUCACCGCCGCCACCGCCCCCAACGCCACCCUCUCCUUCCGCCCCACCCUCUCCGCCCCCUCCUCCUCCUCCCCUUCUCCCUCCUCCUCCCCUUCUCCCCCCUCCUCCUCCUCCGCUUCCUCCUCCCCACUCGCCGUGGGCAUUGGUCCCCCAGGCGGCGCAUCAGGCACGCGGACCCCACAGCAGGUGCAGGAAGCGGUGCAGGCGGGGGCGGUGGUGGUGGCGGCACUGGACGCGCCCGGCACGGUGGGCAUCUGCGAUGCACUCGUGCUGGACGCGUCGGCCUCGCGGUCGCUGUACGGGGCGCCGCUGGCCUUCUCCUGGCGCGUCUUCUCCGAUGCCGAGUCGCUCUCACUGGACCUACUCGUGUCCUCACAGGGGGAUGAUGCCACCACUCUCACCAUCCCUCCCAAGACGCUCACGCCUGGGGCAACGUAUGAGUUCGCAGUCUUCGUAACGGACCCCAACGGCAGGGCAGCCAACGCAUCGCUGCUGGUGACCCAGUCCGCCACAGCGGCCCCCCUGCUGCGCAUCCUUGCCCCCGCAUCCCCCUCCGCCCUGCGCCUGCUCUCCGCCCGCCCCGGCGAAUCCCUCACCAUCGCCUCCCUCGCCUCCCUGCCCGACUCCUCCUGCCUCCCACCCUCUUCCCCCUCCGCCGCCUCUCCUCCCCCACCAGCAGCAGCAUCGGCAACAGCAGCAACAGCAGCAGCAGCAGCGGUACCAGCCUCAGCAGCGGUGUCAACACCAGCAGCAGCAGCAGCACCGUCGUCAGCAGCAUCUCCUUCUCCCGCUCCAACAGCCACCACAGCGACCCCUUCCCUCUUCGCCCUCUCCAACGCCCCCACCUCCCUCACCUUCUCCUGGUCCCUCAUCACCGGCCCGCCUCUCAACUUCUCCCUGCCCGCCCUCGCCCGCUCGCGCCACUCCCCCGCCCUCACCAUCCCCCCAGGCACGCUCCAGCCCGGCGCAACCUACGUCCUAUCCCUACAGGCCACGUCAGCAGCAGACCCUGCCAUGAAAGCAACGGACCGCGUGGCAGUGAGGGUGAGCGCGUCGCCUUUAAGAGUGGCCAUAUUGGGCGGCGACAGGGUGGUAUCGAUCGGGGAGCAGCUGGUGCUGCAGGCGGUGGUGGUGGAUGCAGACGAGGCGAGGGACAGCCAGGGAAAGCCGCUGCCGAUUCAGUACACGUGGGGCUGUGAGAUGCUCUCAGAGGACCAGGCUCGCCUCCCUCCCACAGCUCAAGCUCAAGCCGUGUCCGCACCUACCACCACCAGCCGCAGCAGCAGCAGCAGCAGCAGCAGCAGUAGUGCGGGUGCGUUGUCCUGUUUCUCCAGCGCUACGGCAGUGCUCGCCCAGAGCACCUCCUCUCUCACCGUCCCCGCCAACGCCCUCGCCCCCGGCUCCUACCGCUUCUCCCUCCUCGUCUCCCGCAACCCCCUCUCCCUCCCCGGCACCUCCCCCGCCGCGCUGGCCCGUGAGAGCGUGCCAGCUGUCGCCGUGCUAAUCCUUCAGUUCACUCGAAAAGCCGUGUGUGGUGUGGUGGACGCCAUGCCCUAUGCCUACGCGUGGAAGCAGGUCCUCUCCGAUGGCACUCUCCUCGACCUCAAUGUCUCCCGCCUGUGCCUGAUUUUCAAUCGCCACCCUCCCUUUCGUCUCAACCCUCCCUUCUUAUUCCACCAUGCAGUGACGAACCAGCCGCUGCCCGCCCCAGGUGACACCACGGGGCAGCUCUUUGCUCUCUCCGCGCCUGGCUGGUCCGCACAGCCGCAGGACCUGCCGCUCUCCUACACCUUCGCCACCCUGCAGCCUGCCUCCUCCCCUUCCUCCUCCACCGCCUCUCCCUCCUCCUCCGCUCUCUCCUCCUCCUCUCCCUCCUCCUCCCCCGCCUCCCCAUCCGCUGCAGCUCUGCAGCCGCUCACGCUGCCCUCCGCGUCGCCUUCAGCCCUGGUCAUCCUCCCCCCAGGCAAGCCCUCCCUCGCAGUGCAGGUGGCCUCUGCUGCCGGCGCUGUCACCCAAGCCGUCUCCCCAAAACCCCUCACCGUACCCGCCCCGGGCACAGGCGAGGGCGGCGGAGGGGAUGGGGGAAGCAGUGGUGCAGGAGGGGGGAGUGAGGGGGAGGGCGGGGCAGAGCUGACAUCAGAGCAGUGGUUAGCGGCAGUGGCGGCGCCUGCAGCAGCAAGGCAGGAUGUGCCGCAGCUGCUGCAGGCUGUGGCUGCAUGGGCCAGCAUGUUCAGAGGCAAUGCGUCUUUCCCUGCUGCUAGCAGCGGUGGCGGCACGGACGCACAAGUGGAGAUGCUUAUAAAGGAGGUGAUUCAACAGAGCAGCACAACAGUGGUGACAUCGCAAUACGCUGAGCUGGCAGCAUGCAGCCUGGCAGAGCUCUCCCCUCUCCCCGCCAGUCUCUCACCAUCCACAUCAGCAGCGCUCGUUGACUUUCUUGACUCCCUCACAGCUGCACCAGACGGCAUCUCCUCUCGUGCCGGUCAUUGCAUCAUCACGCUCACCUCCGACCUCCUCGCACUCUCCCCCCCGCCCGUAGCUGCUACCUCCACACCAACCGCCGCACCUCCUGCCACCGCUGCCGCUCCUGCCACCCAGAAUGCCUCUCCCACACCAACGGCCGCCGCCCCGCAACCCGCUUCCCCCUCUCAACGCACCAUCGCCCUUCAAGUCACCGCCUCUCAACCCGCCUCCCCCUCUCAAACUCCCUCUGAACCGCAAGCACCAACCUCAACGGUGCUAUUCCAGCUGCCAGGCAGGGUGGCGGCGGCAGUGCUGUCCCAUGAGACGCCAGGGGCGCUCUUCCAAGCCUCCUCCACCAAUGUCAACCUAUCUGCUGCUAAAGUGCGGCGCAUGGCAUCGCCAUCACAGCAGGGCGAGUUCGCAGCGCUGCUGCCAGCUGCCUCGCUCGCACUCAACGCCACAGACACCCGUCUGCCCACCGGCACGGCAUACAUUGCUGCCUUCUACGCCUUCUCUGCUGCCCACCCACUUGGCCUCGCCAGUCGAGUGGUGGGGCCGCCAGUGGUGGUGAGGGCAGUGGACGCAUCUCUCUCCGACCUCAACGUAUCAGCGCGCGUCAGCAUGCUCUCUGCCCCCCAGCCCGCCACAGAGCUCGGAGUGGCACGGUGGGACGGCUCAACAUGGUCCUCCACCUCUCUGCAACAGCUCCCCACCGCAUCCGACCCCUCAGGACUGCUGACAAUCAACACCUCAGACCCAGCCGCCACUCUCGCCCUCGCAGCCGCAUCCAUAGCCGGCCCCCUCCCGGCCGCCUUUGCUCCCUACGUUCUCCGUGUGGACCUCCCACCGCUUCCCCUGCCGCCCAUUCCGCCGCCGCCCCCGGUGCAGAGUGGGAUGAGUGCUCUCACUGUGGCUUUGGCGGUUUCGCUGCCCAUAGCUGGCAUGAUUGCGUGCAUGGCGCUUGGAUUGGAGCUGAACCGGAGGAGAAAGCCAGUUGCUGAUGGAACCGAGACAGGCUCGUUUGAUGAGAAUGAGUAG